AUGAGUCACAAUUGCAAUACAGAACCACCUCCCCGACAGAAGAUACCAAAAGAUGGAUGGGGUCCUCGUGGGGUCCCUGACUGUUACUACACAUCCCGAGUGCUGAAUUCUACGGCCCGGUACGGGCGUUUUGUGAAAAAACUGAGGGCCCUCGAGGAGGAACAGCGACUAGGUCUAGAGAAUACUACGAGGAUAGCAAAAGAUGCUAACCUCUUGGCUUUUUUCAAUCGCUGUGACCGCAAGGCUGUUAUUCACAAAGUGGCAUAUCGUGUUGAUCAAUGCUUGGCCUCUCGUGAAGAGGAUCUCCAAGAGAAGCGACAGAGGCUGAAAAAACUCUUUGCACAGGAAGAGGAGUAUAAUGUCGCUACGUUCGUGAAACGGGGACAAUCAGGCGCUGAUCUGAUUUGGGAAGACAAGAUGAAACGACUUGCAUACCUCUUAGAUAAAAGGCAAAAGGAACGUGACGAAAAAAUGGCUGAUACACCUCUGGAAAAAUGCACACACCUACAUCCAUGCCUAGUCGCUUUACGUAAAAAAGAAAGUCGAGAUGUACAAUUGUACCAGAUGCGGGAGAAGCAGAUGCGCAAAGAAUCGGAGAAGGAGAUAGAUAAGAUGUGGCAUGAUCUUGCUAUGAAAGAAGCCGAGGCAUUGGCCGCUCGCAUGGAGUACGAUGCGAUAAAUCGUAUGCGUGGAGACAGAGAGACCCAUGAAUAUACGCAGUAUCAAGUAGAGAUGUUACGACAGAAGCGCGCUCAGGAACAGGAGAUAUUAAAACAAGAAGCGCUCUUGUUGAAAGCAGACACCGAAGCUUACUUCAAGGAACUAGAAGAAGAGAAACGUAACCGUGCCGAAGAAAGCAAGGCACUUGGUGAAGAGAAGAAGAAAAUGGCCGUAGAACGACAAGAGUGGCUUGCCAAGCAAAAGGAGCAAGAAAAGAAUAUAGAAGAAACGUGGACCUCGCUGGCCCAAAUGCGAGCGUCUGAAGAAAAGGUUAAAUUAGAACGCAGAAAGCAGAUGGAGAGGGAUCUCGAUCAGUGCAAUAUAAUGCUGGCCCCAAUGAAGAAAACGCCAGAGACAAUGCAAAAAUGCGCUGAUUCAUUGAUAUUGCAGCUGGGACAACAGAUCCAAGAUGCUGCAGACCUCAAGAGAUGCCAGUAUCGAAAGUGGUCAAAGAACUGCACAAUAGAAAACCAAAAAUACAACCGAAAAGUGUCUGCCGACCACGUUAAAGAGAGUGAAGAACAGCAAAAGAUGGAGGAAGAAUAUCAGGAAUAUGAUCGCCAAGUGCGAAAACAACUAGAUGAAUUGGUGAAACAUAAGGAACUCACCGGUGCCCAGGCUAGAAAAUUGCAUCAAGGUGACCUCAUGAAGCAGGUUGAAUACAGCAGGAUGUUAAAGAAGCGUGCUGAAGAAGAAGAGAUGCAACAAAGGAAGAAGUGCAAAAUAGCGCAGCGAGAGUAUCAAGAAGAAAUUGAAGAAAUGCUUUGCAGGCCUUUCUUCAGUGAUGAAGUGCAUCCGUUUAUGAAGAAAAUGGUAUCAGGCCUGCAAAUGACAGAAACGUGCCCAUGUUCAGCGCCAACUUACUGCGCCGCAUCUUCAAAGCCACAGCCAUCCAGGAAGAAAUAA